AUGGAGCAUUCCAAGGAAUGCGACACCACUACUGCCAUAGCUGCCGCCGUGACUACUGUCGUCGCCGUCACCCAUUUCGGUCGCCACCACCACCCACCUCCACCCCAGCUGUCUCCCGCCACCACCCACCUCCACCCUAGUCGUCACCCACCUCCGCCGUUACCAACCGUCACCCACCAUCCACACCUCCGCCCCCGCCGUCACUCGCCACCACCCACAACCCCUGACACCACCACACCACAGUUGCCACCCACCCCCGCCUCCGCCGUCAGCCGCCACCCACCUCCACCACCGACCACCACCGUCGUCGUCACCCACCAUCGUCCCUGUCACCCAACACCAUCGUUGUCGCCACCACUUACCUCUGCCCCCGCCACCACCCACCGCUGCCAUACAUUGUCACCACCUCCGACCAUCGCUACCAUUGCCACCAAUCACCACCCACCACCACCGACUACCGUCUUCGUCUAUUCUUUCCUUCCAAACAACACAAAGUAA